UUAAAAAUAAAAGAGUCUUACAGUUAACAACAACAAGUAAUUACAAUACAAACAUAACCUAUAGAAAACACUUCAUAUAUAGUAAAGACAGUACGAAAUACUGCAAUGAUAAUUAAAAUGAUGUUAUAUAUGGCUAAUAUUUAUGUGUUUAUAUGACAGGCCUAGCUUUGGGUCGAAGGACAAUUUAAUGGAGAAUGUUUAUAGACCAUUUUGCAAGAAACAACACUGAUCCAGAAGACUUCCUGUUUCAGUUUUUUAACACUGAACAAAAUAUUAAUAUUAAUUGAAUUAAAAUGUAAAAUAAAUAUUAACUAAAAAAAAAUGUAAAACAAGAGGAAGUGCUUUUGGACCAGUGUUGUUUACAUCUGGCAAAAUGGUCUAUAGUUUUUCUCUGUAAUAUAUCUAUCUCAAAUAUUGACGCCAUGGGGUGAGACUGUGUAGACCAGGAUAUAGUGUUAUGAAUAUAUAAAAUUUAUAUGCAUUCCUAUGGGGGGUGGGGUCAUGUAACUAAAAACUGUCACUACAUUAUUUCUAUCAUCAGAUGACCUUGAAAUAUGAAAACUACAUUCUGAGAGCUUUCCAGUGAUAUAUAGUUUAUCAAGAUUUUUUAGGUUUAGAGUAGAGGUUUAGAAAUAUGUAAAAACAAAUUGGGCCUACAUGUUGACCUUUUAGAAAUUGACUCUCACUACGUCAUUUCUUUCCCAAAAUUUUGAUGAAAUAUGAAAACUACACUCUAGAGCUUUCCAAAGAUGUAUAGUUUGUCAAGGUUUUUAGGUUUUGGGGUAUUAGUGUUAUAAAUAUGUAAAAACAAUGUGGGCCUGCUUGACCUUUUAGAAAAUGACUCGCACUAUGUCAAUCUUUUCCCAAAAUGAUGAUGAUGAAUGAAAACUACCCUCUUAGAGCUUUCCAUUGAUAUACAGUUGGUCAUGAUUGGAUAAGAAUUCAUGCAAAACACUGAAGUAAUUGUAAGCAUCCCACCGUUGGGACAGUGACAUUUAGCAGGAUAUAAAUCUUUUGAAGCACACUCUCUUCAUAAAUGAAUCAAUUACUCUCCCUACAUAAUUUAUUUUAUAAAACACUGCUGAAAUAUGUAUUCUAGAUGCUUCGACCUUUCCAAACAUAUAUAGUUUGUCAUGAUUCAACAAACAUUUACAUCCAAAAUAGUAAAGUAAACCUAGGUGUUCCUCUAGGACAGUUAAGUGGUUAAACUAUUUCUAUGGCGCACAAGGUGAUGUCACAGUAAAAGUGACGCUAAUGGAACUGUAAGCAUGUGUGAUUAUUUCGUCACUGUAAGAGGGCUAUAUAAGAGCGCACAAAUUCCAGAAAAUUCGUGGGUUUAAAGUUAGGAGAUUUUGGUUGACGUUGCUGUUGCUCUUCAUUGCUAUUUCGUUGUAUUUCGUUUUUUAGUUUAAUUUGUGUGUUUUGCGUGUUUUUGUUUUGUUUUGAGCGUGUGUUAGUUUGCUUUUGGUGUGUGUUCGUGUGUUUGUUUUUUAUUUCUUUUUUUUCUCAAUGAUUUAUAGACGGCCAAAAAAGCCCUCUGCGGUUAGCCGGCCAUUCCGGCUAAUCGCGCGGGUUUUUUUGGCCAUGUACAAUUGGCUGGUCUCUUUCUUGGGACGCCAGCCUAGCGGUCAACCGAAGGUCCACCGCGGACAAUACAGCAGGCGUUCUCGGAUGCCAGCUGUGGAGUCCGCGGUGAUGCCGGUUCACCGUAUUUCGGACACCGCGAGAGAGACCUGUCCAGUGUUUCAAGCCCAGAAACUUGUUUCAAAGUUUUCUGCGGCAUCAAACGAAGGCGGUCUCAGUAAAGGACCUUCUAUGAGCUAUCCAGGAUCCCUGGGACUAACUCCUCACAAGCGUCCCACUUGUGCUUCACAGCCAAGUGGGACAAAGCUAGUUGAGGAGUUCCCUCCAGGAGGUCUGUUGGAGGCUCAAGAAGGUUCUGUGUCCCGCGGUUUGUCCAGGGGAGUCUGUUUUGGACAGCCCAAUGGGCGAAGGUCAGGCCCGGGCAGGAUUCCGUCUGCGAAAAUCUCGCAGACUGUUACUGUGACAUGUGAGGAGGUGGAUGCGAGCUUUAGGCAAUCUAAUGCUCCAUCAGUACGCCCCCUCAUAUGUCCGGUACCUGCCCGGGUUACCAGACGACCCAUGGCCGCUCGUCCGCCGGUCCGGUCCUCAGAGGACAUCUGUUCAGCUCAGCCUGACACUGGGUCCGUGGGUGCGACUGGCAGAGGGCCGCCAGAGGGCCGGCAGAGGGCAGGUCCCAGUCCCGCCCGCUCCUCUGGCGGUCGCGCCCGCUCCUCUGGGGGUUGCUCCUGCUCCUCUGGGGGCCGCACCCGCUCCUCUGGGGGUCGCGCCCGCUCCUCUGGGGGUCCCGCCCCUCAGCCGGUCGUGCCGUCGGCCGGUCCACAGCGGGUGCUGCCGUCGGCCGUUCCUUUGCCGGUCCUGCCGACGGCCGCUCCGUUGCUGGUCCUGCCGACGGCAACUGCUGAGCAGGUCCAGAACUCAGAGGACAUCUGUUCAGCUCAGCCUGAGGCUGGGUCCGCGGGUGCGACUGGCAGAGGGCCGCCAGAGGGCCGGCAGGGGGCAGGUCCCGGUCCCGCCCGCUCCUCUGGCGGUCGCGCUCGCUCCUCUGGGGGUUGCUCCUGCUCCUCUGGGGGCCGCACCCGCUCCUCUGGGGGUCGCGUCCGCUCCUCUGGGGGUUCCGCCCCUCAGCCGGUUGUGCCGUCGGCCGGUCCACAGCGGGUGCUGCCGUCGGCCGGUCCUUUGCCGGUCCUGCCGACGGCCGCUCCGUUGCUGGUCCUGCCGACGGCAACUGCUGAGCAGGUCCAGAACUCAGAGGACAUCUGUUCAGCGGAGCCUGAGACUGUGGCCGCGGGUGCGACCGGCAGAGGGCCGGCAGAGGGCCAGCAGAGGGCAGGUCCCGGUUGCGCCCGCUCCUCUGGCGGUCGCGCCCGCUCCUCUGGCGGUCGCGCCCGCUCCUCUGUCGGUCGCGCCCGCUCCUCUGGCGGUCGCGCCCGCUCCUCUGGGGGCCGCAACCGCUCCUCUGGGGGUCCCGCCCCUCAGCCGGUCGUGCCGUCGGCCGGUCUUCAGCGGAUGCUGCCGUCGGCCGGUCCUUUGGCGGUCCUGCCGACGGCCGCUCCGUUGAUGGUCCUGCCGACGGCAACUGCUGAGCAGGUCCAGAACUCAGAGGACAUCUCUCAGCCUGAGACUGGGUCUGUGGGUGCAACUGGCAGAGGGCCGCCAGAGGGCCGGCAGAGGGCAGGUCCCGGACGCUCCCGCUCCUCUGGCGGUCGCGCCCGCUCCUUUGGUGGUCGCGCCCGCUUCUCUGGGGUCCGCGGCCUCUCCUCUGGGGGCCACGCCCGCUCCUCUGGGGGCCACGCCCGCUCCUCUGGGGGUCCCGCCCCUCUGCGGUGUCUGCUGAUGGCCGGACCGUUGCCGGUUAUCUUCCCGCCAUGGACCAAUCAGGUCUUAACGUGGCCCGGUCCUCUGCCGGUUCCACCGUGGGCUGCUCCGGCCACUUCUCUUUGUACUUCAGUAGCUCAACCUUCCUCUUCACAAGUGCAGCCAGCACGUGCGUCCCUCAAGCGCCGUGCUGCUGCCAUGUCACAGCCACACACAAUUGAUGAGGGGGAGGUUGAGGCAAAAAAAGCCAGAAGGACUGUAGCUCAGCCUUCAACCUCAGUCUCAGAGCAAAAAAAGAAAAAGAAAAGGGAGAAGCGAAGGCUGCAAAGACAGCGAAGACGGGCAGCAAAGUCAGCUCAACCUCCUCCACAAGUGCAGCCAGCAUCAGCAUGUGCGCCCCACAAGCGCCAUGCUGAUGCUGUGUCACAGGAGAUACAGACAAGAAAAAGGGCGAGAACCAUGCCCCCAGCUCAACCUUCCUAUCCACAAGUGCAGCCAGUACCAGCUGUUCUUUCAGAGCAAAAACGAAGAAAGAGACAGAAAAGGCGGCAACGACAAAGGAGAAAUCGGGCUAUUAAACGUGCACUUCAAGCCCAGAGGAGUGCUACUCUCCAGGCUUCGUGUAGCACUGCGGUCUCACAGCCUUCAAUAAGCAGUGCUAUAGACAGCCUGGAGAGAAAGCUGUUUUGCUUGUCAGUUCAGAAAAAAUGAAGUUGAGGGGAGCAGCAGCAGAAAGCUUCAAUGAAGCCCCCCCCCAAAUACAAUUAAACAAUUUAAAGACCUGAAACUUGAGAUCAUUCGUUUACAACUUUUUAAACUUAUUACUCAGUUAGCUGGAUUUCAUUGUUAUUUCUUUGGUUCUUAGAAUCACAUCCUGUAGUUGCUGUCAAGCAACAGAUUCAAACGUUAAAACCUGUCCGGGAUCAGGUUUAGUUCACCAAUAAUAACAGCUUAUCAGUAUCAGAGGUGAUGGGGGAAAUCUGUCACAUGCGUGUCCUCUCCAUGUUAUUAAGAGCAAUCCGUUGAGGAUUGUGUGAUAUGAAGAGCUUUCUGAAUUCAACGUGUAAAAUGAGAAAAAAGUUGAGAGAGAGAGAGAAAAUUGAUGAGAAAAAAUGAGAAAGAAAUUUGACUCAGACAAAAGGUCCUCCAUUCUUUUCUAAUAGUAACAUUUAAACAGGUUAGAUUACAGAUGAGUACAGUGUUCAAGCUUAAAAUACAGGUAAACAAUUCAAGAUGUCAGGAUCUACAGGCAUACAUUUUACAUAACAUUAACAUUAACUCAUAAGCAGAUGUCAUGAGUUGCAGGGUUUCUUCGCGUGGUUCCCAAAUGGCUACAGACAGCCAGCUGUAUAUUCUGUUUGAUAACCGUAUAUCCUCCAGCAAUGAAGAAGCUCAAAGCUGGAAGUUUUAUGUGAAGAUGUGGCAGACAGAAAUACUAAUCGUGCAUCAUGAAGUGUUAUACAGUGAAUUAUUAACGCGUUUUGUUCGUCGAUUUAUAUGGAUUCGUUUUAAAUAUUUAAUUUUAUUCAUUUUUUUAUUGUUUUGUUGAAAGAUUAGUCUAAAGACUCGUAUGUUUAACUAAGCGUUCACCUGAUUUAUUGCCUAAACAUGUUUUCACUUCAAUAGUGAGCUUGACCCGAACCAAACGCACAUCUAUCUUACUGUAAAAACUGUACAUUAUAUCAGCAGCCUUCAAACUAACUUGUUUUUUCUGCAUUUCUCAUCCUUUUGUUCCCAAAGAGCCAUGAAGAGACUGACAGAUCCAGCUCCGGUUCAGUGUGAUGCUCAAUGAUGACGGCAGCCAUAGAGUCAACCAGAAUCAAUGAAAUCUGUGAUGAUCAAGCAUUUAACUUUGCAUCCCAUGAUAUGCCGCCAAUGAAUGUGACGCUAUUCAGAUAAUCAGAUAAUCAUCCCAUCAUAUAUUAAUUCUUAUGAUGUAUUUUAAUGUAAAAAUAUGUUUAUGGUUUUAUUAUUUUCACAGAUAAGUGAUGUGGUGUAAAGAUGAGACCUUCCACAUGCUCCUGAACUGUGAUGCAGAAACGAAAUCGGAGGAUUUAUCUGUCUCUGACCACAACUACACCUCAAAAUCACAGCUGAACCUGAAGCCACCUACAUCUGAUAUGACACAACAGGGCUGUUUCCCAGAUGGGCUUAUUCUAGUACCAGACUAAAAUGCAAAUGUGAGCUGCCAUCAUUUUGUACUGACAUCUCAACAUAUAUCAGUGCCAUUGUUUUGUCUCAAGUAUUGUUUUUAAUAUUGUUUUAAACUACUUAAAUUUGGUCAUAUUUUUUGUCAACUAACGACAUAUUAAAACAUUUUAUUUGAUUAAGGGGCAGAUUCCUAAAGAGGGAUUAGAUUAAUCCAGGACUAGGUCUUGUGACAUUUAAGUAGUUUUUACAAACAUACCUUACAAAAUAACAAUAUAGGGUGCAUCUUAAAACAAAACAUUGACACUGAUAUAUGUUAAGAUAUGUCAAUACAAGAGGUUUUUAAAUAUAUUUAGAAUGUUUUUUGUUAAAUGAAGGCAACUCAAACAUGCAUUGUAGUCUGGGACUAAGAUAAGCCCUGUAUGGAAAACCACCCCAAAAUAUCUACAGUAUCUAACAGGUGGUAAACUUGCCCUGUUUAAUUAAAAUAUUGAAUUGAUGUCAUUACUUGACACUAAAUUUUUCUGUUGGUUUUCAUAGUGAGAUCCAAAUCAUUUAAUGUUGGAGCACACAAGCACACAUUUUUUGAAUGACAUUUUAUUCAUUAUGUUUAAACACUUUGUGGCGAUUUCCCGGACAGGGAUUGGACUAGUUCUAGUCUAAAAUAAAUGUAAGAGCUGUCCAAAUGGAGGCUCUUUGUUUUGC